AUGGCGUUAGAUGCUAAUGAGGACUCGUGUAUGAUGCUAAAACGUGAAUGGCAGCGUUCCCCUAUAGUGGUUGCAAGGCGAAAUGCUCGUGAAAGAGAUCGCGUCUACGCUGCAUUUGUAACCUUAAAGUACCACCUUCCCGCUAUUCGAUCUAACACUAAACGAGUAUCCAAACUGAAAAUUUUACAGGCUGCAAUCAGUUACAUUGCUGCACUGACUGAUUUACUUCGAACUGAUAAUGUUAAAGUUAAAUUUGUUGACCUAAUCAUUGUUUAUGACUAUAAAUUUUAUUAUUCUUGA